CUCGGUGUCUCAUUCUUCUGUUUCUCUUUCUUCUUUUUUUUUUCUUUCUUCUUAGAGAUGGAAAGCCGAGGAUUGAUUGAUUAAUAAGUUCUCAAACCCUAAGGUAAUCUUUGUAUCCAUUGUGUUGAUCUACUGUUCCAAUUUUCAUUUAGGGUUCUUAGAUUAUAUUUUUAGGGUUUUGUUUGUCUCAAUUUACUUAGAUAUGUUUAUUAAUUUGAGGUGUUUGAUUCCUACUUUUAUUCUGUAACAACUGGAAGAUCUUGGAUUCCUUUAAUUGUAUAGGAAUUAUUGUAACCGAAGUUCUGAAAUUUCUUAUUCUUGGCACUCUGUUUCUGGGUAUUUUCGUUACCUAUAAAUAUAUGUUUCUUCACCUGGAAGAAUAAGUUUGGGGGCAAUACAACUUGGUGAAGAUUGCAAAUUGAGAAAACCUAAUGGGUGAAGCUCUGCUCACAAGUCUUUCCAUGGAAAAUCAUCACCCAUCCACACUGCUGUCCAUGGAUUCUUGUGGUGCUUCUCAUGAGGAUUUUGACUUAGAGAUGAAUCGGCAUACACAGAAUAUUCUUUCGCGACCUCCGGAUAUCAAUCUUCCGUUGUCAGCCGAACGAAGUCCACCUCCACAAUCAUGGAACCCUGAUUCAGAUACAUUUGAUGGCGGUUUGGGUCCUCAAAUUUAUAAGACCGAGUCACUUCUCAGUUUGUCUAAGGUAGGGAGGAAAUGUGCAAAGCGGGUUGAUAGCAUCUGGGGUGCCUGGUUUUUCUUCAACUUUUACUUUAAGCCUGUACUGAAUGAAAAGUCCAAGGGCAAGGUUAUGAGGGAUAGUAGUGGGGUUUCUGGUUUUGACAAAUCAGAUCUCCAACUUGAUGUUUUCUUGGUUCAGCAUGACAUGGAAAAUAUGUACAUGUGGGUGUUUAAGGAAAGGCCAGAAAAUGCAUUGGGUAAGAUGCAGCUGAGAAGCUAUAUGAAUGGGCAUUCAAGACAAGGGGAGCGUCCAUUUCCCUUUAGUGUGGACAAAGGUUUUGUGAGAUCUCACAGAAUGCAGCGGAAACAUUAUAGGGGACUCUCGAACCCUCAGUGUGUGCACGGGAUUGAGGUUGUUCAUGCUCCAAACCUCAUGAUUCUUGACGAGGAAGAACGAAAGAGGUGGAUAGAGCUCACGGGUCGAGAUUUGAACUUUGCAAUCCCAGCUGAAGCAAGUGAUUUUGGUUCAUGGAGGAACCUUCCAAACACAGAGUUUGAGCUUGAGAGGCCACCACCUCCACUGAAGGCCACCACCUCACAACCCAAUGCAAAGAGAUUGCUUAAUGGGUCUGGUUUAAAUUUGUCAACCCAACCAUCAAAUCAUGUUAAUGGUGAUGGAAUGGAUCUUUCACCUGUCUGCAACAAACGAAGAAAGGAUUUUUUCGCACAUGGAAAUGAUGAUGACUGUUGUUUGCCGAUAAACCCCCACCCAGAUAGAGCCAGUGAAAUGGAGAUUCACCCAAUUGAGCCGCAUUGGUUGAACGACUUUAGUGGGGUAAUGAAAAAUGUGUAUGGACCUGUGACAGCUGCGAAAACUAUUUACGAGGAUGAAGAAGGGUACUUGAUCAUUAUUAGCAUGCCUUUUGCAGAUUUGCAGAGGGUGAAAGUUACUUGGAGGAAUACACUCACUCACGGCAUUGUAAAGAUAUCAAGUGUCAGUACAGCUCGCAUGCCAUUCAUCAAGAAGCAUGACAGGUCAUUUAAGCUCUCUGAUCCUUUUCCGGAGCAUUGUCCCCCAGGAGAAUUUGUAAGGGAAAUACCUCUUCCUACUCGAAUUCCAGAGGAUGCUAACCUGGAGGCAUACUAUGACGAGGCGGGAACUAUGCUCGACAUUAUGGUGCCAAAACACCAUGAGGGAUCAGAAGAACAUGAGGUUCAUGUAUGCCUGCGCCCUCACCUAGGAGCCAAUGACCUGCUUUUAAGUUGACAUGCACAUUACCUGAAAAUCUUUUUACUGGUAACGUGCCUGAGGUUCAUGUUUGAAGUUGAUAGGUAAUGUUUGGCUGCAACCUUAAUGCAGUUCUCGACCAUCUAUCCUAAAAUUGUCCAUUCUUGUUUAGGCUUAGUCUGAUAUCCUUCUACGUAGUCGCGAAGAAUGUUGUCAUGAUCAUUUUAUCAGCUCAUGGUUGAAAUAGGAACUGGAGAAAUCUUGUUAUAACGUUGGUGUUACAGUAAAAGCUGUGUGGUUGAUACACGGUUUCGAGGAGUCUUGGCGUAAUGCUGGUGCCAUUGUGAAAACUAUCUGGAUAGUUGUGGACUAAAAGCAAUAUGUUAUUGGCUAUUGCAAAUUUUUUUCCUUUUUGUCUAUGUCAAGAGUGUUUCCAAAAAGCAAAUUCCUAUUUAUGUAAA